UAUCUACUACUCCACGCACUCUCUGCUUAACAGUCAACGACCAAACCAAAUGCUUCUCCGCCUUCUCUAAACCCCCAACCACUGCCCACCGCCGCCAUCUCCACCUCCUUCAGCUGCAACUGAGCUCCAAUGGACAGCUCCGAAGAACCCAACAAGCCCAUCUUCUACGACUCAUCCUCUCCCUCCACCCCCCUCCUCUCCAAACCCCCAAUCGAAGACCCACCACCGCCACCGUCCCCUCCGCAAUCUUACACCGACCCACCGGAAUCCGAUACCGACCCGACCCAGUAUCUCCAGAUCUCCUACAACCACGGCCCCCGCCAUUUCAAAGACCUCCCCUUUCUAAUCCUUCACCUCCUCUUUAUCCUGGCCACCUUCGCCAUUGGAAUCUUCGCCGUCGUCCACCGCAACCAAAAUUACACCGCCCUCUCCUCCUUCUCCUACGACUCCGACUCCGCCUCCUGCGUCAAAAACGAAACUUUGACCCGUCUCCCCAACUGGGUCGUACCCACUUUCUCCUCUUCCACCUCUCUGCUCAAAGAUUUGAUAUGGACCCUCGUAAUUACGUUGAUUCUAAGCCUGCCCAUUUGCUUCAGUCUGCUGAUUCUCCUCAAACACUACGCCAAGCAAGUCGUCUACGUCUUCCUCCCCUUCUUCAUCCUCUUCCCAAUCUUCUUCAACGUCUACUGGUUCGUCGCCUGCACUCUCAGCUCCACCUGCAGCGACGCUCUCCCUUUAGUUUACAGAAUUUUGAUUCUGAUUUUCGUGUUUUUGGUAAUUGGGGUCGUUGUGUGGAUUCUUGUUGUGAAUUGGCAUCGGAUUGAGCUCACUGUGAGCAUAAUCGGGGUGGCAUCCCAUGCGCUUUCCCGGAACUUGGGCUUGUUCGGGGUUCUGCCGUGUUUGACACUAGGAUUGGUGGUUUACUAUGCGCCCAUUGUUGUGUUCUUGGUCUAUGCCAGGUUCAAUGGGAAGAUUGCGCCGCGGGAAUCGAAUGGAGUGUAUAGUUGUGUGUGGAAGCAGGAUGGUUGGGUGCCUGCUUAUUACGCAUUGGCGAUUUUGACAAUGUUGUGGUCGUUUACGACGAUGGUGGAAGCUCAGGUGUAUGUGAUUAGUGGGACUGUUGCUCAGUGGUAUUUCACUAAGGAGGAUUCAACUCCGAAGCGGAUUAUCAGGAGCUCUUUAAGAAAUGCCUUUGGCCCCAACUUUGGCACAGUAUGCCUAUCUGGAUUACUUUUAUCUGUUGUUCGAGUUGUUCGUGCCAUGGUUGAUGGUGCAAGACAAGACGGUUCACCUGGGAUGGUGUAUUUUGUAAUGCGCUGUUGUGUUAAUGCCUUAUUGUCAGCGAUUGAUUUUCUCAACAAGUUCACAAUCAACUUUGCGGCAAUAACUGGUGAAGCUUACUGCUCAUCUGCAAAAAUGACGUAUGAGCUUCUAAAGCGCAAUCUUCUCUCGGCGGUUUUUGUGGAAACCAUCUCCACUCGUCUAUUGGCUGGAAUUGUUUUUGUACUCUCAGCAAUAUAUGCAAUUGUGGUCUGCGCUAUCUUACAAGCUGCGACCAGUCUUGGGGUUGAUUCGUACUUUGUGGCAGUUCUGGCGUGGGUGCUGCUGAUCUUGGUACUGGGUUUCUUUGUUCAUGUGCUGGACAAUGUAAUUGACACCGUGUACGUGUGCUACGCCAUAGAUAGGGACAGAGGAGAGGUUUGUAAACAGGAAGUUCACGAGGUUUACACUCACUUACCCAUUAGUCGAAACCAUAGACCAUCUUCUAUGAUCUCCAGAACUCUGGGUGUAUAAAUUAAUCUUUGAUUUACAAUGUUGUGGUGUUGAUUUGUUCUUUGUGUCAAGUUGGAAUUGCUUGCCGGUAGAUUGUGCAUAUCGAGUGUUUCUUUGUAACGAUUUCUGAGGUUUCAUCAAUAAAGAGAAUUCUUCAAGGAGAAA